ACAUAUUGUAUACCUAAAAUGUACCAAUAAAAGAACGUAAGAAAAAAAAAAGUAAAGAAGUAAAACUGGAGGACAUUGAACCAGGAAAUUCAGAGAUUAAACAAGAGUCCUUGGGCCGGGGAUUUAGCUCAGUGGUUCUGCUGCCUGCCUUGCAAGCUCAAGGACCUGAGUUCGAUCCCCGGUACCAAAAAACAAACAAAAAAAGAAUCCUAAUCCAUCUCACUUUGCACAAUAGUGACAGGUUCGGAGAGUGUGAAUCACCUACUUUAUAUAUACCUAAAGAUACUGUACGGGAAUGCACUGGAAUUUUUAAUCCCCACAGUCAUAUAAUGUACGUGGAUGGCCUCAUGAGGGAUGUGUUUUCUUCUUGCAGUGGUGGGAAUCAAACCUAGGAUCUCAUGCAUGCUAGGCAGUCACUCUGACACUAAGCUAUACCCCAGCCCACUGUGUAGGAUUUGAAAGCUAUGCAGUUUAAUCUAGUGAGGCUCAGAUUUGUACGUUGGCAAUCUACGUUCAGAGGGUCUGCCCUCUGUUAGCUUCAGUUGUGGGUAUAUUCCAGAGUAUCCCAAAUGUUGAUUCAAUACUCUUUCAACCGCAAUACAAAUUAACUAUGAUGUCUAAUUCUGAUAAAAAUUGCUACAAAAAAAGGUGGGGGCAGAACAGAAUCACCUUGCAUGUAGUGUCUCCCAAAUGUAUAAACUGACAUCUUCUCUCAUGGUCCCCAAAGCCCAUUUUAGCACAGUAUUUUACGAUUGCUACCCAACACAUUGUCAGUAAACAUUGAGAACCUACUAUCAAUUAAGACUACAGACCACCGACGACCUAGGAGGAUUCAGAUGAUUUGGUCUACCGACUAGUAAAUAAAUUCUAGUGUAUGAUAAAGUAUUUAUCUCAACUUUAUCACAAAAAUAAACCCUUAUUUGUAAACAAGAACGUUGUCCUAUUUGUUCAAAAGUGCCCGAGAUAGUGUUGGGCAGAGCGUGGAUAGAACACAUUACUAUUCACGGUGCUUCUGCUCCCUGGAAAACCAGAUUACGUAUCGGCUAGGACAGAGGUGAUAAACCAUCGCACAAAUAUUUGGGCUAAAAGAUGCAGUGACUUUAAAUAUUCACCUGUUAGCCGACAUGGAUUUUUUUCGAAGUGCUUUUGGUAACGCCUUCCCUAAAAUCUGGUUUCUAUCUUCUCACACCAGCUAACUUUCAGGCCGCUGGCUAUUCUUAACACAGGUGCGCGUGGCCCGGACGUUGGGCUUAGGACCCGGCACCAUGGCGGCCACACUGGUGGUCCUGCUGCUGCUGCUGGAGCUCAUCUGCGGCUGUUCAGCCCUGUGGAGAUAUUCAAGUAAGAGCCCACACAAUCACAUUAUUAGUACCAGAAGUGCCAUCAAGUUAGAGUAUGAAGGAACAUUAUUUUCUGAAUGGCAAGUGCCAGAAACCUGUUCUAUCCAAGAUAAAAGAUCACCCAAGACAGAAAUGCGUUGUUCUCAGGGUGUUCACUCUAUAAAACCAAUUGUUACAGGCCCACAAGAAGAAGAACGCUAUUUGACUGUGGACACUACUUAUAUUUGUUUCCUGUGGUAUUAUACAGUUAUAAAUAUAUUUGAAAAUUUAACCCAGGUUGUGUCUAUAUGGGUGUACGAUCCAGAAUAUGCAGAUUCUGAUGAGUUGCUGUGGAAGGCAAAGGCACCCUCGCUGCAUUCCAGAAUACUAACUAACCAUUUUGCCAUUGUGGGACAGAAGCCUAUCAUAUAUACAACAAUUAGAAGGAAAAUUUAUAUUCCAGAUGACAACCUAAUAAACUGGACCUGGCGUGUUACUCUUCCAAUGACCGGAGAUGAUGUGAUAAAGAAUAUUAGAGGAAACCAAGUGAUUUUUCAAGAUUGCUUUGUUGCAGACUUUACUUUUCUGCUGACUUUUCCUGUUUGGGUCCAACCUGAGAUUCCCAGGUUUCUACCGAUCACUUCACCAGCUGGUAGUCAGUUAAUGUUGUCCUGGGAUGCUUGUUUUCCUUCACUGGUGGUUGUAGUGGCGGACAUGGAAACCUUUCAAACAAAUGAUUCAUUCAGCACAUGGACCAGAGUCAGAGUGCCUCCAAACACCCUGAGCGAUGCUGAAAGGCGCAGUGUGGCUGCUGUGCUCCUGUUGCAUGACAAUAUAUAUUUCUUAAUAAAUGGUGUUCUUUACCUAAAAGAUACCAAAGAGUUGACAAAACUAGGAAGAAAGAAACAUCUUCCAGAGGGUGAAAUUAUUGGCAUUACAUCAAGAAGAUGGUGUUGGAUCAAAUAUAUAAUUAAGGUUAAGGGAAUGGUAAGCAACAUUGCCAUCUGGACAGAAAAUGAAAUUUACUUUGGAUAUUCUGAAAAUAAAUUUGUCAAAAUAAUAACUACUACAGAACUGAAAAAUCUUCUAAAUCUCCCACCAACCAGUACUCUGACAAUACACAAUAUUGACUAUACAGGACAUCCUCUGGAACUUGCUGUGUUGUUAAAUUAUUGCAUCACAUGUACUAACACCAAAAAGAUUUACAUAGUGAUAUAUAAUGAAGACUCGAUGCAGUGGGUGCCUCAAGACUUUGUGUUAGAUGUCCCCGUUGGCAGUUUUUUAGUUCCACGUUUUCUAUUGUCAGGAAUGCCAGAACUAAUACUAUGGGACAAACAUAAGAUAUACUACUCUUAUCAAAAUUUCACUACUACCGGAGUUCUACAAACACCUGCAGGACACGGAAAUCUGUCAGCAUUAUCAAAAGACAGCAUUAUUCACGACAUUUAUGUAGAUUCUCAGGGGAAUAUUGUGACAAAAAUGGAAAAUAAUAUAAUGUUUUAUUCCAAGAGUAAUAUUGAAGAUGCACUACAGCUACAUUUAUGGACAAGUGACACAGUAAAAUCAUCAUUUUGUGUUAGUGCAUCUGCUCAAGUAUAUCUUGUAUAUGUUUUUGACAAUGGGACAAUACAACCACAGGAAUAUCCUUUAAUGCUGGAAUUACAAAGUGUAGCUUUCAAAAUGAAAGAAAAAUGCCCAUACAUGAUGUUUCAUGAUAAUAUUUUAGAUUCAUUUUACUUUUUGGACAAAGGAGACAGGCUGACAGUUUGGGCUGAAAUAAUCUAUCCAGAAAACACUGGUCUAGAUAUUAUUAUGAAAGUCUAUGGUCCACAAAUAUUAGAAUAUGAAGAAUCCUUUCAGCAUGAAAUUGCCUUAGGAUACUGCACUAACACCCUGACAAUGACUUUUUAUUCAAAUGUCAAUUACGAGGGAGUAGAUGAUUAUUUCAACUUUGAAUACAAGAACAUGGGUAAUGUAUUUGUUCAACUUCGGCCUAGUCAACAUUCAAAUAUAUGUCCAGUAACCCAGAAGGUGUUUCAAAUUGGUGUUGGCUGUAACCCUCAAAAAUUUAUUGGAGUUAAAGGAUUUAGUAAAACAGCAUGUGUUCACCAUGAAUUUUUUUAUGAGAUUGACAAGUCACAUCUGAUACAUCAACCACUUGAAAACUUGAAAGUAAGGUAUGACUGGGAAAAAUAUGGCUGCCCACUGAGACUUAAUGGCCAUGAAAAGUUUCAACCUUUGAUUCAAUUAUUUGAUGACAGUGGCCAUAUUGAAGAUGUGGCAGUAAAUUUCAUACUGUGGGAAAUACAUGGCAGAAAUGAUUAUAGUUACAAUAAUACCAUGAAGCAGAGCGGUUGUUUAAAUGAAGCCCAGACAUGGAAGACCAUGAUUGAGCUCAAUACAGACCUCCCACUAGAAGAAGUCUGGGGACCAGAGAACUAUAGGCCUUGUUUUUCUUAUGCUAUUGGAAAACCAGGAGAUUUGGAUCAACCAUAUGAGAUUAUCAACAUUUCUAAUAAUAACCAUAUAUUUUGGCCCUGGCACCACUCUGGAAUGUAUGUGUUUCGUGUGAAGAUCCUGGAUCCAAACUAUAGUUUCUGUAACCUAACAGCUAUAUUUGCUAUAGAGAUCUUUGGAGUGAUUCCCAGACCAAGUGGCUACCUGGUCUCUGCUAUCGUCUUUGUCAUGAUGCUGCUGUUCAUCAGUAUUCUAGUCUUGAGCUACUUCCAGUAUAUGAAGCUUUAUCAAAAAAGUAUUUAUAAGCCAUAUCAGAAAAUUCACAUAAAACAAAAGACAUAUUAGGCAUAAAUGGAUACAUUGUGUUUGACCAAGAAAUAUUAAUUACAAGCCCCUAAUAUUAUCAAAUUGAAGAUUUCAGAAGUGUUCUUAAAUUGCUCCCAAACAGGAAUAGUUUCAUAUAUUGUAUGUUAUUAAAUCAAUCCUUAAUGUAUUUGUAUGUUCAUUUUAAAGAUAGAUAUUCUAUGUACUCUUAUAUAGCAUUUUAAAAAAUAAACUAACUUUGGUUACUCUAAUCCUAAGAAUAAAUUUUUGAGAAUAUAUAGAUGUCAAAUGCUAUUUUGCAUAAAACUUUUCAUAUGAAACCUUAUAUGGUUAUAGUGACUUUGUGUAUAAAGGACCAAUAAAAGUGCACAGACUUGGGCUGGGGAUUUAGCUCAGUGGUGCCACCGCCUGCCUCAAAAGCGCAAGGUCCUGAGUUCGAUCCCCGGCACACACACACACACACACACACACAAAAUGCAUGGACUUAACCUGUCUUAAACAGAUUUCUGAAGUUUUUCUAUGGUAGAUUCAUAUAUAAAAUGUAAAAGUUAUAUUAAAAAUGAGGCAGCUGAUACUCUAGGUUUUAAUUCUAAGUUAAUCUGUCUCUUGACAACCACCUCAAAUAAAUC